GAGCGAGUUUCCCAUUGCUGCUUCCACAACCAACUUUUGAGGGGGUGAGGGUUUUAGUUCAUCCGCGGGGGGUUGAGGGGGUGGGGGGUUGUGGACGGCCGCGGCCACGACAUAGCUGCGAGUGCUUUGAUCGUCUGGCAAUGCCUCGCUUACGGAGGAAGGAGCUUGAGGAUGUCGUGUUGGCUUUGAUGGCCACCGAGGGGAAAAUGGCGGAUGAUGCCUUCGAAAUGCUGGAUCUCAUCAUGGGAUUCCGGCCAAGGAGACCAUCUUUCAUUCUAGGGUCCGCACAGCAGUCACAUAAAUUUGGCUCUGUCGAUGACAAUGGCGAUGGGCGUUGUGCCCGUAGUCUCCUGUGGCUGUUGCCCACCAUUGUGGAGUUGACGAAUGUCAUUGCAAGGCCUCCCCCAAGGUGGUGGGUGUUGCGGCGCUCUGCGGGCUUGUGGAACGAUCUCAUUCCCUGUGACAACGCACAGAACGACCAUUACAUUGGUCUUCUGUGGAUGCGGCGUUCCACUUUUGACCGUCUUGUCGAAAGUUGGAACCACUGCUUGAGAAGCAGGUUACGAAAUUUAGACUGCCGCAUCCACCUGCGAAGAAGGUGGCAUAUGCCCUCCACAGGUGGGCCCAUGGGGACUGCCACUGACAUAGUUGCUCGGGUUACGUCUUCGCUCGCUGUUCCGCGCUCGCACACCAUGGCAGGGAAUGGCACUUGGAGGGAUUAUGUGAGGGAGCGGAAUGCGUUGGUGCAGAAAUUGGAGAAGACAGAGAGGGAGGUUGAACGUCUGUACAAGUUUUUGGUGGCGAGAGGUGAUAGUAUCAGCGUCCGUAUGCAACAUGGCAGAGCAGUUUGUGAAACUGAGAUAACGCAGAAGUGUGGUCAUGCGAGGAGAUGGGCUUUGUUCGUUGUUCAAAGACUGCGUUCGUCGAGAGUGAACCUGCAGCAGUGGUGUGACGACGUCAUCACAGAGCAUCUGCAGACACGGCGGCAGUUGGAUAGAUGCAGACAAAUGUCGGAGGACAUGCGCAUACAGGUAGAUCAGACAUCUACAGCCUUGUGGGAAGCGUUGGUGGAGCGGGAUGCGGUUGCGGCGGAGCGAGGAGAAGCUAUGGCGGAGCGUGAUGAAGUUCGAAGACAGUUGAAUGCAUCAUCAAGAGAUCUGCGAGUGACAUGCCAGCAGGCUGAAACGACUUGGCAAAUCUAUAACGACGUUGUGUAUGGUGGUCAGACUGCGCGUCAGAAGUUCCCACCACCGGCGAGAUAUUUAUGUGAUGGGAUGGGAUGCAUGACACUCCACGAUAAAGGAAAGGCUGCCGACAUAUCCACUUCCACCUUUGCUGCACAGACGUCGAAAUACGUUUCAUGUGAGGACUUGACUGCGCGUGUGUCGGAGAUGGAGAGCGAGAUUGGAACGAGCAGCAAGAGAGGAGAGUGCACAACAUGCUCUGGGAAAUUGACAGAUUGCCCUGGGCAUUUUGGUUACAUUCAGCUGGAGCUACCAGUGUAUCAUAUCGGAUACUUCAAGAACAUUGUCAACAUUCUUCAGUGCAUCUGUAAGAACUGUGCACGUAUAUUAUUGGCAGAGGAUGACAGGAGACUCUUCCAAAGGCGAUUCCGGAAUCCAAGAAUAGAGGUGCUGCAGCGAAAAGCGUUGGUCAAGAAGGUGAUUGAGAAAUGCAAGAGGCAGCGCAUGUGUCCUUAUUGUAGUUCUGUUAAUGGAGUGGUGAAGAAGAGUAGUGGUGUGAUGAAGAUUAUCCAUGACAAAUAUGGAAAGGAUCUCAAUCUAAGGGAAGAGUACAUGCAAGAGUUUCAAGACGCACUUGCAAACAACAGGGAGCUGAAGAGCCAUCUCUCAAAAGUUCAGGAUGAUCUAAACCCCAGUCGUGUCUUAGGGCUUUUCGAGCGGAUGGAGGAUGAGGAUUGCCAAGUCCUCGAUCUUGCACAGAGACCGGAGCGGCUCAUUCUCACCCAUUUGCCCGUCCCUCCCGUUUGCAUCCGUCCCUCUGUGGAAAUGGAAGCAGCGCAAGGCAGCAAUGAAGAUGACAUUACAAUGAAAUUGAUGCAGAUUAUUGAAGUCAACAACAUUAUCCGCACCGGGCUGGAGAAAGGAAUUGGCAUCGUCAGUCUCAUGGAAAACUGGGAUUUCCUUCAAGUGCAGUGUGCUAUGUAUAUCAAUAGUGAUCUUCCAGGUCUGCCUCUGGCUUUUCAGCCAACCGGCAAACCACUGCGAGGGUUCGUGCAACGGCUGAAGGGGAAGCAGGGACGCUUUCGUGGAAACCUAUCAGGAAAGCGUGUGGACUUCACUGGGCGCACUGUCAUUUCACCCGAUCCCAACCUGAAAGUUACUGAGGUUGCUGUCCCUGUGCUGAUGGCGCAGACUCUCACAUUCCCUGAAAAAGUGUCCAAGUACAACAUAGAGAAGCUGAGGCAGAGAGUUAUCAAUGGGAUUAAUAAACACCCUGGUGCAAACUUUGUUGUGUUCCCGGAUGGUGGCAGAUGGUUUCUCAAGUUUGGAGAUCGGCGGAGAAUUGCAGCGGACCUCAAGUAUGGCGACAUUGUGGAGCGUCAUAUUGAAGAUGGCGAUGUCGUACUUUUCAAUCGACAACCAAGUCUCCACCGAAUGUCUAUUAUGGCCCAUCGAGUGCGAGUGUUUCCAUGGCGGACAUUGCGGUUUAAUGAAUCUGUGUGCAAUCCCUACAAUGCGGAUUUUGAUGGGGACGAAAUGAACAUGCAUGCGCCGCAGACGGAAGAAGCAAGGGCGGAAGCGCUGAACUUGAUGGGGGUGGCAAACAAUCUUUGCACCCCAAAGAAUGGUGAGAUCUUGGUGGCCUCGACACAGGAUUUCUUGACGUCUGCUUUCCUGCUUACGAGGAAGGACAACUUUUAUGAUCGGAGCAUGUUCUCCCUUCUUUGCAGUUACAUGGGAGAUGCGCUUGACUAUGUAGAUCUUCCAACACCUGCUAUUCUCAAGCCAAUGGAGCUGUGGACUGGAAAACAAUUAUUCAGUGUUCUCGUGCGUCCAAACGCAAAGACAAGGAUUUUCAUCAACCUCACAGUUGCUGAGAAGACAUACACGAAGAUGGGCGAGUCCAUGUGCCCCAGUGAUGGCUUCCUGGCACUGCAACCAGGUUGUAAUGCGGCUCAGACACUAGAGGCGGAGGUUAUGGGAGAACUGAACAAGAUUCGAGAGGAUGCAGGCAAAGUGUGUCUUCGAGAGCUGGCAUGGCACAACAGCCCACUAAUCAUGUCCCAAUGUGGGUCGAAGGGUUCACCAAUCAACAUCAGUCAGAUGGUUGCUUGUGUCGGUCAACAGAGUGUUUCUGGAAAGCGUGCGCCCAACGGCUUCAUCGAUCGCAGUCUGCCACAUUUCCCUAAGCAUGACAAGUCCCCUCAGGCCAAGGGUUUUGUGGCCAAUUCCUUUUACAGUGGGCUCACUCCAACAGAGUUCUUCUUUCACACAAUGGGCGGACGAGAAGGUCUGGUGGACACUGCGGUGAAGACUGCCGAGACAGGUUAUAUGUCUCGGCGGUUGAUGAAGGCACUUGAAGAUUUGUCUAUGCAAUAUGACGGGACUGUUCGAAAUGCAAGCGGAGCAAUUGUUCAGCUCUCUUAUGGUGACGAUGGCAUGGAUCCCGUUCACAUGGAAGGGAAGAACGGAACCCCUCUCAAUUUGGAAAGGUUACUGCUCAAGACCAAGGCACAAUGCCCAAGUCGUGGGGAGGUUUCCAUGGCGCCAGGAGAGCUGAAAACGAAAGUCCUGAAUCGAUUGGAUCGCCCAGAUAUGUCCCCGGAGCACGGAUGUUCAGUGAAGUUCAGGAGCAGUCUGCUGGCGUUUCUGGAGAAUGAGAUAGGUGCCAUUUCAAGGGCAAGGACAAAGCUUGGCCUCCCGGAGGCGCCAACCGAGAAGGACAUCGAAUCCAAUCAUGCGCUAGAGAGGACUGCGCUGUACAUGCGAGGCCUGACACGACGCCAGGUGGAGGUCUUCCUUGAGACUUGCAUCCGCAGAUAUUACCGGAAGCGAAUGGAACCUGGUGCGGCUGUUGGAGCAGUUGGUGCCCACAGCAUUGGUGAACCAGGCACACAGAUGACGCUGAAGACGUUUCACUUUGCUGGUGUUGCAAGCAUGAAUAUUACUUUGGGAGUGCCUCGCAUUAAGGAAAUCAUAAAUGCCGCAAAGACAAUCAGCACACCCAUCAUCACGGUGAAACUUGUGUGUGAUAAUGAUGUCAAGGCUGCACGAAUUGUAAAAGGACGAAUCGAAAAGACAGUUCUUGAAGAGGUAGCAGAGUACGUAAAAACCGUCCUGCGACCGGGACAAGCGUAUGUGGCAGUCAAGCUGGAUAUGAAACGGAUCGAGGCACUCCAACUGGACAUCGACGCGUGCUCUGUGGCGCAAUCCAUUAUCGUUGCUCCGAAGCUGAAGCUGAAAGCGCAGGUAUGGACCAACCUUCGUGCUGUCAUGGGGACCCCAGGAGUCGACGGGAGGGAGACAACCAGCAAUCAUAUUAUGGAAGCAAUGGAGACGCUCGGCAUCGAAGCGGCACGGAAGUCUAUAAUGAACGAGAUUCAGUACACCAUGGGCAGCCAUGGGAUGAGCAUAGACACCAGACACUCCAUGCUUCUGGCAGAUGUGAUGACAUUUAAGGGUGAGGUUCUUGGGAUUACGCGCUAUGGAAUCGCCAAGAUGAAGGACAGCGUCUUGAUGCUUGCCUCGUUUGAGAAGACGACCGAUCACCUGUUUGAUGCCGCGAUUCAUGGGAGAACGGACCAGAUUGAAGGCGUCAGUGAAUGUAUUAUCAUGGGAAUCCCAAUGCCCCUCGGUACCGGCAUGUUCAAAAUCCGCCAGAAGGUGAUCCCUCCGGUUCUCAAGCCAGGCCCACCACUACUUCUCACAUGAUUGGCUGCUGUACAGCAGGGAGCAAGUCAUCAAGAAAACUACCACUGCCCCACCAUUCAUGGUGUCUGCUUCACAUGAUGUUCGAUAAGGCCUUCAGCGGAACAGGGGGAGGAACAGUAGGAGGGAGGGAUGGAGGGAGGGGGGGAUAUUCAGGUGGGCAGCCCAGCAGAUGGAUGAAGAUAGGGAGGGAGGAAGGGAGGGAGGAAGGGAGGAAGGAGGGAUCUAGGGAAGUAGAGAGGGACGUAGGGAGGGAGGGAGGGAUGGAUGGACGGAGAGAGGGAGGGAAGGAGGGAGGGAUGGAGGGAGGGGAGGAGAUAAUACAUCCAGACGAAUGGAUCGAUGGAUGGGCACCCGGAGGGAGGAGGGCAAGAGGAACAGAGGGAGAGAUGUUGCAAAAAGGCGUACUCACACAAGCACUUUCAUGGAUAUCUUUUGAACUCAGCUAUGCCCAGGUAUUAUUGAGGAGGUCCUAGUGCGAGCUUGAAGGAAGACCUAACUCAUGGCAAAGAUGACAUUGUUGUCCGCCAUAGCGUCAGGCCUGCGGGUGUGAGCAGCUGCAAUCUAGUGACACGGGGAGUCGGGAUGAAAUUAUGACCCUUCAUGGAUCGAUCGUAAAUUCCAACAGUCAGCCCGACUUCGGUGGAAACAUUGAUCACACACCUUACAGCUGGCAGACGUCAGAGAACAGAUGAUGGCAGACGUCAGGCGUCGACUGAAGACAGAAUUCAGUUUGGCUGUCUUGGACUGUAGCUGAAGUAAUGUCCCGUCUUUCCUUCUCUCGUAAAUGUUGCGGCGUUCAUGUUCUCGCCUAAUCAGUACUCAACCCCCUCAUAGUGGGGAACGAAGACCUUUAAGGCUUGAGCUGAUUGUCCCAAGUUCCCAUCUGUCCCAAGUCCCCUGCCGCCGGAGGAUGCAAUGUGCUGGUAUGUAUGUACAAAGUUAGAAGCAACCAGAGCUCGCUCGCGAACACUCACCGAACACUCGCAGAAAGCUCUCAGAAACUGAGCUCGCGAAAUUUUGCCUGCUGUUACUUGUGUAUCCCACCAGAGCACUGUUGUCAAAGCCAGGAAGGAUUGUGUACAGGUAGGAGGAGCUGUGACGUGCUAUGGAUAGCACAUAAUGUUAUUCACAAGUGAGGCUGUGAAAUAGCAAUAGCUAAAGCGCCCUCCAGAUUACUCUUAGCUAUAGUGGAAAGAUCUGUGUACGAGUAUGCCUUCAUCAAACCGCCAGUACAGCAGGGCGUGGUGCCGCCACACUGUGCGCCAAGUUUUGUCGAACCGCCAGCGGCGCACUUCUUUUCUGUUUGGCUGGUGCUGCCAGCCAUUGUGGUCGGGCAGCCCCGAGCCUGUGACAUUUUAGGAGUAGGCGACAAAGCGAUCUUCCAAGUCUGGGGUCGUGUACUGCCGGUGUAAGAAGGUUGGGUAGCGUCACAGGAAACAGCACACACACGGACUAGAUGUUUCUUAAAGC